AUGAAUAACACUGAUCCUACAUCGUUCCAGAGCAUACUGGCUGGCGUCAAGAGACUGCGGGAGAAGGAAGGCGGGAAGGAAGACAAUGCUGAAUCGAAUCGCAAAGACCAAAGAUCUGGCUCAGCAACAGAGAGUGCCACGGUAGUGGAAAAGCCCGGGAGGGUGAUCAAUGCCUUCAAUCAACAGGGCAGAAUUAGGCCCUCCGCUGGCACAGCAGAAGGCGGUCCAAAAAGUCAAGCGGGAGUGAAUGCUGGGAAGACCAUUUUGGUGAAUACAACACAAAAGGAGAACCCGUUGCUGAAUCACCUGAAGAACACGAAUUGGAGAUACGUUUCAUCUGCAAAGGGGACAAAGGUAUAUUAUGAUUACUUAAUCAAGAAGCGAUCUGUGCUGUUUCUCACUCUGACAUAUCACAAACUAUAUGCCGAUUAUAUUGGCCGUCGAAUACUGCCGUUGCAAAAUAACGGAGACAAUAUUCUCAUAUUUGUAGUAGAUGACACCAAUUCGGAAGACAUAUUGAAAGAUAUCACGAAGAUGUGUAUGUUCAAGGGUUUCACGCUUCUUCUGGCGUUUAAUUUUGAACAAGCGGCGAGAUACAUCGAAUAUUUGAACAGCUAG